GCAGCAUAACUUCUGUCUGCUGACUGCUGACACCUUGCUAGAUCCUUGCAAUCAAACAGCUGCAAAUCCGUGCAUUUUCUCAUCCAGUCGGUCUAAAACUGAACGAUGGCACAGUACGAAGAAGUGAGUGUGCAUGGCUACGAGGAGUUCUGCAAGGCUGUGUCUGAGAGGAAAGGAAAAGACAUUUUUGCUUAUUUCUCUGGUGAUAAAGACGACCAAGGAAAGAGCUGGUGUCCAGACUGUGUAACAGCUGAACCAGUGGUGAGAGGGCAGAUGACUCACCUUCCUGAGGGCUCUGUCUUCAUCUACUGUCAAGUUGGACAAAGAGCUUAUUGGAAGGAUCCAAAAAAUGACUUCAAGAAGACACUGAAGCUGAGUGGAGUUCCUACUCUACUGCGUUAUGGCACACCUCAGAAACUGGUGGAGGACGAAUGCCUCAAAUCAGAGCUGGUGAGGAUGAUGUUCACCGAGGACUGAGAGGUCCUGUGACUUGCACAUCAGUCACGAAGCAUUUAAGAUUUGCUCACUAUUAUGAAGAAAAAUCCUAUUUAUCGCAAUUCAAAUAAUACAAUGCCAGCUACAACUUCCACUGUAAUAUGAAGCAAAUCAGCAACUCUAUAAGUUUACAACCCUAAUAAUGACCAUCCUUUGUAAUCCACAGCUUUAUGUGUAUUGUAGUAUGUGCAGGAUGAUCACAGAAUGGAUGUAAUUCAUUAAAAACGUGUCUUGUUGUGUUUUAUAUGCAAUCGCUCAAUUCUGAGGGGUAAUUUUAGUUGAUACAUUUCUUCAAAUGUCAUUUAGCACACUAGUUGAUUAUAAGAAUAUAUUGGGAUUUUUUUUUUUUUUUACUGUGGCCAUGUUUAAUAUAACUGAUGUUGCCUUGCAGUAGCACUUAAAUAAAGUGAUGUUGAACAUUU